AUGCUAAAGAAGGUGGAGGAAGGUAUGAAGGUGCGGUUGGAGAGAAGGGAAAAAGAUGAGGGAAAACCUAGGGCUGGGAGGCACGCCGCCGCCACCUCGGCUGGAACCGGCCACCGCCACCUCCGCCAAGACCACGCCUUGGCCUCGCCGGCGACAACCCGAGCCACCGGAACCACCGUUGGCCGCAACGCCUUUGCCCUCCCUCUUGCUUCUCCGCUUCUUCGAAGAAGGUUGAAGAUGGUGUUGUGUUUGAAUUGGGGGAAUGGGGUUCGGAAGGAGACGUGGAGUGCGUGGAUGAGGGAGUGGAAAUCAGGGGGAGGUAGUGCGUGUCAUGGCGGAGGAUGUUGGUUUAAGAUUGGGAACUCAGACAAAUGA